AUGACAACUUGGGAUGAUAUUGAUGGUAUUUGGAAUCUCAAAGGGCCUUAUGCAUUUGUGCUUGAACAGAAUGAAGAUGUGAAGUGGAGCUCUUUCAGUCUGGAAGCCACCUCUAGUUCUUGCUCCAUCUCUCACUCUAGAUCUGCAUCUGCUUUGUGGUCCCUCUCUGUAGCUCUAUCUGAUUCUGGGUCUGCUGCCACUACCUUCACUCUUCAUCCAACCAUGGCUUUUGCAUCUAAAAAGUCUAAGAGUCUCAUAGCAGCCUAUAGGCUGGAGCUUGCUAGUUACUUAAGGUCUCACCUUAUUUGA